GCUACAGGGAUCAUUCGUUGAAGUAAAUUCCUACGAAGUUAACGAUGCCUGAUCCAGUGAAAGCACCGAAGAAGGGCUCAAAGAAAGCCGUCUCUAAGAGCGUCACCAAGACCGGCAAGAAGAAGAGAAAGACCAGGAAGGAGAGCUACGCCAUCUACGUGUACAAAGUGCUGAAGCAGGUCCACCCCGACACCGGCAUCUCCUCCAAGGCCAUGCUGAUCAUGAACUCCUUUGUGAGCGACAUCUUCGAGCGCAUCGCCGGUGAGUCCUCCCGCCUGGCUCACUACAACAAGCGCUCCACCAUCACCUCCAGGGAGAUCCAGACCGCCGUCCGCCUGCUGCUGCCCGGGGAGCUGGCCAAGCACGCCGUGUCUGAGGGCACCAAGGCCGUCACCAAGUACACCAGCUCCAAGUAAACCCGCUGUUCAUCCCAACAACACAAAGGCCCUUUUCAGGGCCGCCCACUGCCUCAACUAAGAGCUGAUUUCUCAAUCAAUCAAAUAAUGAUACUCGAUAACUCAAUUUUCUUUAAGCAAUUUAAUAGCCAAAUGACGUGUAUGUGUGUGUACCAGCUUUCUCUAUUGGGGGGGGGGGGGCUGCAUAAUUGUCCUUCAGGAGCCAUUCUCUUAACUUGUUUUACAAUCGACAUUUUGUAGUCAUAAUUGUGUAUACUAUAACUUGUGUUGUGAAUCUAUAUUAUAUGCAUGUUUGAACUUCCCCUAUUGCUCUCCCCCCAGGUUUUAUUUUUUUUUUAAAUCAAGGGUGUCAUAUUAUACAGACUGGAAGCCUUUUGAGGCGAUUUGUGACAUUGGGCUGUUUAAAUAAAUUUACUUGACUAAUGUAUGUUAGUGUAACAUCAUUACACAAACAUUGUUUUUGGUGUGCAUUGAUCCUCAAGACAAUGUAGUGAAUUAUCCCAUCAAUGCAUACAUUAAUCAUCACUAAUAUGAUUGCACAGACAGUGACUUGAGGUUCCUGAGUCCUAAACCUUACCAGUUUAUGAAAGACAGGCAAUGUGCAUUAUUGCCUAAUUUCUACACAUUCAAAAUAGAAAUGUAUUUUGUCUAACUUACACAGCUCUUUCCUUCAUCUCCAGUGGCCCAUGGUCUGCCUGGUAGGUGUUUAGGGCAUUUUGCAGGGAGUACAGGUUCAGGCAGACAGGCUCAAGGCCUGGAUGAAGAGUCCUGCACCUUCAGGAAGCUCUCCACGUCUAUUCUGAACCUGUUGGAGUAUGUAUUAGAAAGUGUUUUAGUGCUAGACAUCUAAUACUCGACUGGUUGUGUGUUCAUACUUUUAAUGAUCAUCGUGGACAAUGCAUUUGUUUGCUUUUACAUACAGCAUUAAAGUCUUUGCAGCAGACAUUCAUCCUCUGUGGGCAUUGUCCUGCGUUCUCCACAGCUGCACCUGUACAAUACAGUUUAAUUCAGUGUGACUAAAGAUGUUGUCAAUCAUUUGAGUUGUCAGUUACAUAAAUAAAGGUGAUCUGAUCUGUUUAAAGCAUA